AUGGUAAAUACUAGGGGCUACACUGCCGUUCCGAAUAUUGAAGGACCAACUAGUAACUCACAAUAUGAUCUAAACGCGCAGGAACUUGAGCCGAAUAUGGGAAUGCCAUCAGAACCCCCACUGUAUGUGGAAGAGAUGAGGAUGGAAGAACCGCAAGCCCCAGAAGCCUUUAGUGAGAAAGUCCAACGGUUUAGAAUGUGUUUUGAAAAUAACGUGGUGAUACCAGUCAAGGAGAAUGUUGUGGAUCCACUAGCGCAAAUGAUUUCCCUGGUCUCUGAAAAAUUUGAUUUGUUCUUGAGUAAAAUAGGUAAUGUUAUGGUAAUGAGGAGAAUAUUUUAUAUUGUGAUGAUGUCCAUCAUUGCAGCUUUAAUUAUUGCGAGUGAUAGACUACCCAAUGGAAAAGCUCGAGGUUCGAAUGGCUCAUUCUCUGACCACGACCUCCUUUUACAAUAUGCUAGGAAAUCGAUAGACCUUUCAAAGAUAGAAAGAGAUUUAGAAUAUAUCAGCAGUAUGCCCCACAUGUCAGGAACAAGUGGAGACGUUGCCAUUCGGCAUUAUAUUAAGGAGUCCUUCGACAAAAAUGGUAUAAGGCUAGCUGGGGAAGAGGAGUUCAUGGCGUAUUCGAAUUACCCAGGAAAUGCUUCAUUACAUGUAUAUCCAAAGGAUGAUACAGAGGGGUUUGAUAUUCCAUUAAAUGAAGAAAAUUUUAACCCAAUGAGUCACAAUGGUCACUUAAGAAACACAGCGGUGAUUUAUGCCAAUAAAGCAUCGUUGGACGAUAUGGCUUCUUUGCAAGAUCAAGGACUUUUAGACGGUGACUUUAUUUUACUAGUACAUUAUGGAGAUUAUGUUUUCCAGCAAAUGUUGACUGCUCAAGAAUAUGGUGCCAAAGCGGUUAUCUUUAUUUCCGAGCCUCAUGAAGACAACAAAAAUGUGGUACAAAUGAAAUCAGUUGCGUUGCCACAAUACGGUACUGGUGAUGCACUUACACCUGAGUGGGAAGGAUCCAUAAGAGACCCUAUCGAUGCUUCCGAAGCCAAGUACUUGCCCAAAAUUCCAUCCAUACCGAUAUCUACCAACCAAGGGGAAAAAAUACUAGCUACAUUAUCUGAUACCGGCGUGAAGUUUUCUAAUAAUUUAUUUAGCGGUUCGCUUAACGAUUGUCGACUUGACCUACUAGUGCAAACAGCAAUUAGGGAACGCCACCCGGUUCACGAUAUAGUUGGUAAAAUUGAAGGAUCGGAACAAGCAGGCAGGGCAAUUGUUAUUGCUGCACCAAGGAACUCUGUUAGCUAUGGCGCUACGUAUCCUUCUUUCGGUACUGUUAUCUUAUUAUCUCUGAUCCAACUAUAUCAAGAAAUGGUUUACAAAUUUGACUGGAAGCCUUUAAGAAACAUAUAUUUCAUCUCCUUUGGAGGCUCCGAAUUUAAUGAAGCAGGAGCCACAGAGUUGAUGGAAAAGAGAAGAGCGGCAUUGAAAAGUGAAGUAUACGCCAUGAUUGAUGUCGGUCAGAUUGGUAUAUGGGAUGACAGUAACGAUUUAGAUAUACAAUGUCAUCCGCUACUAGCAGAUCUUUUUCAAAAGAAUACGACGAGCCGUAAAUUUAACGUUAAAGUGGAUAACGUUCACCAGUUUGGUGACUGGACACCGUAUCUAGCGCAAGGGAUCCCAGUUGCAAUCAUUUCAUCCCCAAGGGUUAUGAAUAGAGAAUAUCCGAUCGACACAGUAGAAGACAAAUUCGAUGUCCUCAAAGAUAUACUAAGAGACAAGAAGAAGGGAGAGAUACUUUCUGAUGUAAUGUUAUAUCUUGUCGAAAAAUCACUUGAACUUAUUGAUGAUCCAUUCAUCCCGUUCAGUAUAUCGAAUUACGUAGAUUUUCUUUCAAGCACCUUAAAAGAACUCCAGAAAGAAUGUUCCAAUACUGUAAACUUUGAGGAAGUCUUUUCAGGUACGACAUUAUGGAAAAACACUAAAUUGCAGUUCGAAAAAUGGAAAAGCGAAUGGACCGAUCUUAUGUAUGGAGCCGGCACAUAUAUAGAGCCCACCAUCAUUGCCAUUAACCGCUGGUCAUGGAACUACCUACUUUCUCAAAUUGGUGUUGCCCAAUGUUUGGAGGAAGGAUUAUUGGAUAGGGCAUUUUACAAGAACGUUAUUUUCGGGCCAAAACUCCGGCUCGACAAAGGCGAUCCACUUCGUUCAUGGACUUUCCCUGAAAUAAGGGACUCUAUUGCAACUAAGGACUGGAGUUCUGUGCAGGCUCAAGUUAACACACUGGGCACAAUUUUACAAAAUUCGGCACGCUAUUUUCUUGAAAAUAAAAACCUUCAUGGAAUAAAUACGAACGAAUUCUAA